AUGCUGCCAGGGCGCUGGCGGCUGGAGGGGCGGCGGUGGCGGCGCACCGAGCCGGCUGUGGUGCUCCGCGCCCUCUACAACUACGCAUACCGUGCUGAGGACGGGCGGCAGGUGGCCAUGGCUGCUGGGGAGCAGUUCCUGCUACUCCACAAAGCCAACGAGGACUGGUGGCAGGUGAGACGGGCCAGCGAGCCCCGCUGGGCUCGGCCCUUCUUCGUCCCUGCUACCUACGUGGCCGAGCUGGACCCUGGUGACGCUGGGAGACAGAGCAUGCUGCCCCCCAGCCAGCCUGCAGGCAUGAGCCUGCCACCACAGUACCCCUCACUGGAGAACCUGUGUGGCCCACCACUGACCCCCCCCCAGGAGGCCAGGCUGACCCCCAACCGCCCCGAGGGCUGCUGCAUCAGCACCAGCCAGCUGACAGAGGGGGCCCUGCCCACCCCCUCCCCAGCCCUGUCACGGUGCCAGUCCCAGCAGGACCUGCUGGCCCAGGGCAUUGGGCCCGCCGAGCCCCCCAGGACCACGGCACGCUGGAGCUCCAGGGAUGCUGGGGUUCCCGGUGGCACCGUGAGCCACGGCCGGACCCUCGCCCACCACAGCCUGGAGGACCAGGCAGCAGCCCCCCAGCCCUCCCUGGCCCCGGCCCAGCCCCCGCCCUGCAUCCCCACUCUGCCCACUGAGGUGCAGAAGGCCGGGCAGCUCAACAGGACCAAGAUCGCUGAGGGUGGAAGGAAACUCAGGAAGAGCUGGGGGGUCUCCUGGGUGGUGCUGGCCGGGAACAGCCUCAUCUUCUACAAGGAGUCCAAGGGGCCGGCACCCACUGCCUGGUGCCCUGCCAGCAGCUGUCCCGAGAGCAGCGUGGACUUGCGGGGGGCUGCCCUGGAUUGGGCCCGUGACCUCUCCAGCAAGAAGAACGUCAUCCAUCUCCGCACUGUGACGGGUAACGAGUUCCUGCUGCAGUCGGACCAAGAGGCCACCAUCCAGGAGUGGUCCCGGGCUAUCCGGGGGGUCAUCCGCCGGCUGGACCUGGAGAACCCUGUGGACGUGCCUGUGGGUUGGCUGCACCGCGGGGACACCGGGGGGGAGCUCAGCGGGGAUGAGGACGAGGCACCGCGGGUCACUGAGGGGGCCAGGGCUCCAGGUGCCCCCCACACCCCCGAUGCCUCAGAGAAGAAGCGGGUGAAGAGCAAGCUGAGGCGCUUCAUCAUCAAGCGGCCCCCGCUCCAGAGCCUGCAGGAGAAGGGGCUCAUUCGAGACCAGGUGUUCGGGUGCCGCCUGGAUGCCCUGUGCCAGCGGGAGAGCACCACAGUGCCCCGCUUCGUCCGGCUCUGUGUGGAGGCCGUUGAGGAGAGAGGCCUUGAUGUUGACGGGAUCUACCGGGUCAAUGGGAACCUGUCUGUGAUCCAGAAGCUGCGUUUUGCCGUGGACCGGGAGCGAGCCGUGACCUCGGACGGACGCUAUGUCUUCCCUGAGCAGCUGUGCCAAGAGGAGCGACUCAGCCUGGCAGACCCCGAGUGGAGCGAUGUCCACGUGGUGACCGGUGCCCUCAAGCUUUUUUUCCGGGAGCUGCCCGAGCCCCUAGUGCCCUACGAGUUCUUCAACCCUUUCAUUGAAGCUAUCAAGCUGCCAGACCCCCAGGAGCAGGUGGAGCGGGUGGCUGAGCUGGUGAAGAGCCUGCCCCCCGUCAACUAUGCCACCCUGCGCUACCUCCUGGCUCACCUCUGCCGGGUGAUGGAGCGGGUAGAUGUCAACCGCAUGACACGCCAGAACAUCGGCAUCGUGUUUGGGCCAACACUGCUGCGGCCGGAGCGGGAGCCGGGCAGCCUGGCGGCGGGCAUGGCCCAGCAGAACAAGGCCGUGGAGCUGCUGCUGGCACACUUUGACCGCAUCUUCCCUGCGCCCCCCUGA